GCCCUCCCCACAGCCGCCAGCCAAGUAUGUGUUCUGCCAGGAAGAGACAAUUAGGUGGCCACACUGUGGUAGGGCAGACAGCUCUUGCAGCUCUGCAUGAAAUGAGCACUGAGAUACCUGGGUUCGUGUCUCCCUGCUCCAACCCACACAGUGCGUGCUUGAGCAACCCCAAGAAUCAGAUGGUGAACAAGAUGAGUGUGAGGCCUUCUGUGGGCUGGUGAGGCCGUGGAGACCUGCAGAGCUCAGAGCUUAUCUAAGGGGCAACCACUCAUCCCUCCUGGCUACUUAUUGCCCUGUGGGAAUGCAGGUCCAAUUUUCCAGAUCUUCCUAAUUUCCAGGAAAAACAAGAUCUCCAGCUUCUAAUGUAAAAUCUUCCAGUUUUAAAUUUUAGCCACUUAUUCAGAAAAAAAAAUUAAACAUGGCACAGGCCAAAUAAAAGCAUAUUUGCAGAUCCCUGCAGCUGGAGAGCCAUGAGCUUUGACCUCUGCACUCAUUGAAACUCUCUCCUGGAACUCUCAGGACAUAUCUGAGCCCAUCGGGUAGGCGGGGGCCAUGGCGCAGUACAAGGGCACCAUGCGCGAGGCAGGCCGUGCCAUGCACCUCCUCAAGAAGCGCGAGAAGCAGCGGGAGCAGAUGGAGGUGCUGAAGCAGCGCAUCGCCGAGGAAACCAUCCUCAAGUCGCAGGUGGACAAGAAGUUCUCGGCGCACUACGACGCCGUGGAGGCCGAGCUGAAGUCCAGCACGGUGGGCCUGGUGACCCUGAACGACAUGAAGGCCCGGCAGGAGGCCCUGGUCAGGGAGCGCGAGCGGCAGCUGGCCAAGCGCCAGCAGCUGGAGGAGCAGCGGCUGCAGCAGGAGCGGCUACGGGACCAGGAGCAGCGGCGCGAGCGCAAGCGUAAGAUCUCCUGCCUGUCCUUCGCGCUCGACGACCUCGAUGACCAGGCCGACGCGGCCGAGGCCAGGCGCGCCGGAAACCUGGGCAAGAACCCGGACGUGGACACCAGCUUCCUGCCCGACCGCGACCGCGAGGAGGAGGAGAACCGGCUCCGAGAGGAGCUGCGCCAAGAGUGGGAGGCGCAGCGCGAGAAAGUGAAGGACGAGGAGAUGGAGGUCACCUUCAGCUACUGGGACGGCUCGGGCCACCGGCGCACGGUGCGCGUGCGCAAGGGCAACACGGUGCAGCAGUUCCUGAAGAAGGCGCUGCAGGGGCUGCGCAAGGACUUCCUGGAGCUGCGCUCCGCCGGCGUGGAGCAGCUCAUGUUCAUCAAGGAGGACCUCAUCCUGCCGCACUACCACACCUUCUAUGACUUCAUCAUCGCCAAGGCAAGGGGCAAGAGCGGGCCGCUCUUCAGCUUCGAUGUGCACGACGACGUGCGCCUGCUCAGCGACGCCACCAUGGAGAAGGACGAGUCGCACGCGGGCAAGGUGGUGCUGCGGAGCUGGUACGAGAAGAACAAGCACAUCUUCCCCGCCAGCCGCUGGGAGGCCUACGACCCCGAGAAGAAGUGGGACAAGUACACCAUCCGCUGACACCCGCCUGCCAGAGGGGAAACCGGGGGAGACCCUCCUUUCUAUGCCCCGCCACCAGUCACUUGAUUUCGUGACCUUGAUUUCUUCCCCCAAAUCUAAUAAAGACAGAGGGUUCUCAUGAUUCCUAUUGGUUGUCCUAUUGCUGAUGUUAUGCUUUGGUUGUUUGGUUGGUCUUUUCUGGGUAUUUUAGUGUUGCUUACCUGGAUUUGCUGCAUUGCUCUGCUGAGCUGUAUUGAAACCGUGACUGGGCCCACUGUGAGACAGAAAUUAGAAGAGGAGGCACAUUUUUUACCUCAUGGUUAUGAGCAUGGUCUUGGGGGCCACACUGACUGAGUUUGAUUCCCGACACAGCUUCCUCCUUGCUGUGUAGUUUUGGGUAAGCUUAUUAAACCCCCAUGCCUCAGUUUGGUCACCUGUAAAAGGAAAUAACAAGAGCACUUACCUUAAAAGAUGGAUGUGAGCAUUGAGUUAAUAUUUGUAAAACACUUAGCACUUAAUAAAUGUUUUUUGUUAUUAUUA